CCUCAACGUCCCCAUCAGCCACCACCGCAUAUCCCUCACCAGCAGCAUCGUCCUGCUGCCUUCAUCCCCGAAACCCUAGAUUUCCCUUCACAGAAGACAAGUGGCUUAGGAGGAGCAAUUGGAUAUGGACAUACUGUUGAGAUCAACUUCUGUGUCUCCUGUUCUUUCAAGGGAACUGCAGUCACCAUGAAGAAGAUGUUAGAGACGGCUUUCCCCGGUUUAGAUGUGAUUCUCGCAAAUUAUCCACCACCACAACCAAAGCGCCUUCUAGCUAAGGUUGUGCCGGUCGCUCAGAUGGGAGUUAUUGGUAUGAUUGUUGCAGGUGAUCGUGUCUUUCCCAUGAUUGGAAUUGCGCAGCCACCUGCUUGGUUCCAUUCCUUGAGGGCCAAUAGAUUUGGAUCCAUGGCUUCCACUUGGCUUAUCGGUAACUUUCUGCAGUCUUACCUUCAAAGCUCAGGCGCCUUUGAAGUUCACUGCGACGGGGAACUGGUGUUCUCUAAAUUGAAAGAAGGUAGAUUUCCAGGAGAGAUCGAGCUGAGAGAUCUCAUCGGCAAGACUUUAACAAGACCAGGCACACUCGCAGGCAGCUACUGAAGUAGUAUCAGAAGAUAGAAAGGUGGAACCUUUCCGUGAAGUUCCACAAAGUAUUUUAGCGCGAGAUGGUGUUAAGAGUCUCAUAUGCCAACAUUGUGUCUUUAUGUUUUUGAUUUACAUCAUGGUGUUACAGUCUCAUCUCUCUCAUAUAUAUACCUUGGUUAACUAAGAGUUUAUUACUUCUUUGGAUCAAUCAUAAGGCAUUAGUCA